AUGGACUACCAAUCUGGUUACAAGUACAAACUUUUUUAUAAUGGUUUGAAUUUGGCUACUAACCAUAUGGAAAAUGCAGCUGCAGGUGGUUCUUUGAGCAGCAAGACACCAGAGCAAGCCCAAAGCUUGAUAGAGAAGAUGGUCACAAAUAAUUACCAGUGGCACACUACUAGGAGCAAGACGGGACGUCAAGGGAGUGUAGAUUCAAGCAGAAAGGUUGAAGAUAACAAGACGAAGGAACCAGGGAAAGAAGAGGCAAAGAAGAUUCCAUUGAGGGAAUACCAACCCAAAAUUUUGUACCUUACUAGGUUGAAGCAGGCGCAAGUCGAGCAGCAGUUUAGUAAAUUUCUUAAUGUAUUUAAACAACUGCACAUAAACUUACCUUUUGUUGAAGCUAUUUCACAAAUGCCUAGGUAUGCAAAGUUCUUAAAGGAGAUACUUAGCAACAAAAGGAAGUUUGAGGACUUGGCAUCUGUGACACUAAAUAAGGAAUGUUUAGUUAUUUUCCAGAAUAAGUUACCAGAAAAGAAACAUGAUCCAGGGACUUUUACUAUCCUUUGUGUUAUAGGUGACUUAACUAUUAGUGAUGCUUUAGCUGAUUUAGGACCUAGCAUUAAUGUAAUGUCGUACAACCUAUUUGCUAAAUUGGGGUUGAGAGAGCCAAAACCUACUAGGAUGAGUAUACAACUAGCUGAUAAGUCAGUCAAGUAUCCUAAGGGUAUUGUAGAGAAUGUGCUUGUUAAGGUGGAUAAAUUCAUAUUUCCUGUUGACUUUGUGAUCUUAGACAUGGAUGGUGAGAGUAGUGUACCUUUGAUUCUAGGUAGACCUUUUCUUGUAACAUCUAGGGCAAUUAUAGAUGUUUGUGAUGGAAAGCUUGAACUUAGGGUAGGGGAUGAGACUGUCACCUUUGACUUGAAUAAUUCUAUGAAAUAG